GACAGAAGCAGCAGCAAAGCAAAAGCAAAGCGAAGCAAAGCAAAGCAAAAGCAAACUCAAAAGCAAACGCAAAACUUGCCGAGAAAGCGUGCCGCCUGUGCCGACGUCAGCGUUGACGCUGCUGCCGCUGCUGUUGACGCCGUCGCGUGUGUGAAAAGCCGGAAAAUUGCUUCACAAGGCGUUGUCGUUGCAAAGACAUUUUCUAGCGCGUCGCUUUAAUUUGUUUAUGCUGAUCUGCCUCUGUCGCUGUCCCUGCUGCUGCCCUUGCGCCUGUUCUGCGAAUUGGAUGAUUCGCCUUAUCAACGGCGCCCCCUUAUCAGCCGCAUUCUGAUUGUUGCGAAAAAAAUUAUAAAAAUACCAAAACACAUACUAAAACCUAAGCAUUUUAAGCACAAGCGGCUGCUUCUACGGAAACAACAACAACAAGAACGCAAAGCAAACAGACAAGAUAUCUAUACUAAGGAGCUCAAGAUAAACGCGCCAGCACUUGGCCCAGCCUAAAAAGUAAAUCCAAUCAAGCACACGAAAUUUCUGUAACAUCAAAGGCACGAAAUUCUGUUUUAGCCAAACCCAACCUUAAAACUAAAUGAAGCCUGUGUGUGUAACUGCGCCAAAUACCGCAACGCUGGAUCUUAGACGACGGCCACAAAUUAGCCAGCCUGCCAUAGAUUUGCUAGUUUGAAGCAACACGCAUCCAGCUUCAGCUUAGCUUCAGGUUCAUCAAAAGCUGAAUAGAGUUGCGUGGCCCGUAAAAGCAAAGGCAAUUUGAUCCAUAAAAGCCGCAGGCUGAACAGCUGGUUGCAAGCAUCGUGUGUUAUUUUUUGAGAGCGCCAAAGGAUUCAUUAAAAAACCGCCAACCUGGAACUAAUGGAAUUAGAGAAUAUUGUGGCCAAUACGGUCUACUUGAAAGCGAGAGAAGGUGGUUCGGACAGCAACAAAGGAAAGAGUAAAAAAUGGCGCAAAAUAUUACAAUUUCCACACAUAUCGCAGUGCAUCCACCUGAAGGACAAAUUAGACAUAAGCUAUGGCUACGUGAUAGAUCAACAGCCCAUUGGUCGUGAGCUCUUUCGACAGUUCUGUGAGAACAAGCGGCCCGUUUACUUUCGCUAUAUUAGCUUUUUGGAACAGGUGGUCAAAUAUGAGAUCGAGUACAUAGUGAAUCGCAUAUUCAUUGGGCACGACAUUGGGCGGCGUUUUUUGGACAUUGAGCCGCAGCUGGAGCUGCGCAACGGAGGCGGCGAAGGCCUGGAUCAGGAGACACGGGACGAGCUGCUGCUGAACAGCAGCAAUGCCAAUCCAACUGAAACAGCUGAGACUGAACAUUGCAACAAUACCACCGCCAACAACUGCAACAACAUUAACAACACGAACCAUAAGACGCUGCAGCACGACAUCCACAAUCAUAAUGGCGAGGAUGCGGCGCGGGCGAUAAACGGUGGUGAUGGCGAUGCGGAGAACGAUGGCGACGAGGGCGUUGAAUGUGAGGACAGUCAGGAUGCGGAUAAGGGGGGCGGCGGUGUAUCUGGCACCGGUUCGGGUUCGCCAUCUGAUGAACUGGUCCUAGAUGUGCUCAACGAUGAUCUCAUUGCACAAGUUCGCAGCAAGCUGAAUAGCGGCGGCAAGGAUAUAUUUGCCCAUUGUGUGAAGGCCGUGAAGGCGUUCCUGGCUGGCGAACCAUUUCGCGAGUUCGAGAACUCCAUGUACUUCCAUCGCUACCUGCAGUGGAAGUGGCUGGAGGCGCAGCCAAUCACAUAUAAAACCUUUCGCAUGUACCGAGUGCUGGGCAAGGGCGGAUUCGGUGAGGUCUGCGCCUGUCAGGUGCGCGCUACGGGCAAAAUGUACGCGUGCAAAAAGCUGGAGAAAAAGCGCAUUAAAAAACGCAAGGGGGAAUCAAUGGUGCUCAUUGAGAAGCAAAUACUGCAAAAAAUCAACUCGCCAUUCGUUGUCAAUCUAGCGUACGCAUACGAGACAAAGGAUGCACUCUGCCUGGUCUUGACCAUAAUGAAUGGUGGCGAUUUGAAAUUUCACAUUUACAAUAUGGGCGGCGAACCGGGCUUUGAGCUGGAACGUGCUCGUUUCUAUGCUGCCGAGGUGGCCUGUGGACUGAUGCAUCUACACAAGCAGGGCAUUGUCUACAGAGAUUGCAAGCCGGAGAACAUACUGCUGGAUGACCAUGGGCACGUCCGAAUCUCCGAUCUGGGCCUGGCUGUGGAGAUACCCGAGGGAGAAAUGGUGCGAGGACGAGUCGGCACAGUGGGCUACAUGGCGCCGGAAGUUAUAGACAAUGAGAAGUACGCUUUCUCGCCUGAUUGGUUCAGCUUUGGCUGCCUGCUGUACGAAAUGAUCGAGGGUCAGGCGCCGUUUCGCAUGCGCAAGGAGAAGGUCAAACGCGAGGAGGUGGACAGGCGUGUCAAGGAGGAUGCCGAGAAGUAUUCGAGCAAGUUUAAUGAUGAAGCCAAAUCAAUGUGCCAACAGCUGUUAGCUAAAUCGAUAAAGCAACGCUUGGGCUGCCGCAAUGGGCGUCUCGGCGCCCAGGAUGUGAUGGCGCAUCCGUUUUUCCACUCCACACAGCUAAACUGGCGACGCUUAGAGGCGGGCAUGCUGAAGCCGCCCUUUGAGCCAGACCCGCAUGCCGUUUACGCCAAAGAUGUGCUCGAUAUUGAACAGUUCUCAACUGUGAAGGGUGUCAAUAUCGACGAAUCCGAUACGAAUUUUUAUACGAAAUUCAAUACGGGCUCUGUAUCCAUUUCAUGGCAAAAUGAAAUGAUGGAAACCGAAUGCUUUCGCGAACUGAACGUUUUUGGUCCCGACGAAUGCCCCACGCCCGAUUUGUUGAUAAAUGCCGUACCGGAACCGGAUAAGGCGGGCUGUUUUCCGUUCAGGCGCAAGAAGAAGCAGCCGGCUCGCACACAGCCCAUACCCAUUCCUGAGCACCUGCUUACCACUUGUCACAGCGUGUCAUCCACAACGGUCGAGAGCUGAUAGCAUACAAAAGCUAAAGCCCAAACGCCUAACGUACCCACAUAGCACAAACUGUAACCCAUACGCACACAGUUAGCAUCCAAUCCUAACCCCAGCCCCAGCAGUUUGGGGCGAAGCGUACAAAGCGCAGCACAACUGAAACUCAUUGCAAUACACGAACAACAACAACAACAACAAGGACGACGAGGGCGAGAAGCAUUUUUAAAAUUCUCUAUAUAUAUAUAUAUGUAUAUAUAUAUAUAUGAAUGUAUUUUUUACAUUAAUUUUCUAAUGGAAACACUGAAUUGAAGAAAAAAAUGCAAGCACAUUUCUCUAAACUACAUAUAAAUACACAAUUAUAUUUAUAAAUGAUUCAAAAAAGAAAAGACUUACACGAACACAACAUGAAUACACUGAGAGCAACGCACGUUAAGUGGACACUUUAAUGAUUGUAGCAUACCAUACACCAUACACCAUACACCAUAUACCAUACCGUACUUAGGUAUUAUACGAGUAGGUUAAUAUGGUAAUUCGAAAGCUAGAGAGCGAAUACUAAACGAAAGGUAAAACAAUAACAAAAUAAUAAUUAUAAUAAUAACAAUAAUAAUAAUUAAAAGCCGCAAUCCAAAUUGGCCGUCAGUUUGUCAUAGCACCUAAAGUAAUGUUACUUAAAAUACAUACAAUUGUAUGCUAUUUAAAUAUGUAUACAGCAACUACUUUUAAUUAAUAAUACAUACAUACAUACAUAUACACACUCUUACACAUUUCUAUAUAUGUAGAUGGCAAUCUCGGGGCGAUGCCAGAGCAAAGAAUGUAAUAUUUGUAAAGUAGUUUUUGUGCUCAACGUGUUUUUGCUAAUGUGGGGGGAGCAGCGUCGGGCGGAGGAUCGGACGAUUGGACGGGCGAAGGGCUUAUGCGUCAAGUGUUUUUAGUUAGCAUUUUAAAGGCCGUUAAGCAAAUGACAUAAAUACUCGAAAAACUUUAAUGCAUUUUUAAUGAAAUACUUAACACAUACAAACGUACAUACAACUACAUAUAUAUGGCAUAUAUAAAUCUAUAAAAAAAAUCUAUGUAAAUGUUUACACAUGAAUAUAAAUGUAAAUUUUUUUCUCAAUUGCCGCACAAUUUUCCUACGCUUUUCAAUGCUCUUCAAUCUAUUCUGUUGCCUAAGUUUAAGCUGACUGCAAUUUGUUCAUUAAGGUUUUGAGAACGUGAUUACUGAUAUUUUUUUAUUGUUUUGUCAUGCAAUCAUUUUGCAUACAUACUAACAUAUGUAUGUAUGUAUAUACAUUGACAUACUGCAAAUGAUGCCAGCUAAUUUCUAAUUGAGACGUCGGCUAGUGUUUAAGAGUUCCGUGUAUAAAUGUGUAGUGUAGGCAUUUUUGUAAUUAGCAACAAAAACAAAUAUAAAAACACACAAAUAAUUUGAGAAUUUAUUAUCUUACUCAUUAAAUGCAAAUCAUUCAUGCAAUGCGAAUGCGACUGCAAUUGCGAACGCCACGCGCAACAUUUAGUUACAAUUCAAUUGAUUUUUUUGGCACAACUAGCUUAUUGUAGGGUAUACAAUGGCAGCCAGCAGCAAGCAAGUUACAUACAUAUUUCAAUAAAAAGCACAGCUAUCAGCACAAAACAAAAACCACAAAAAGAACAAAAAAAAAAAAAUAAAAGUAAAAAUAAAUAAAAUAAACGCCACAAGCUCGAAAAAACGCAUAAUUGAAUUUUAGCACAAAAGAAACAAAGCAAGCGCCUAAAUAUUUAUCUAUAGUAAUUAAAGGCAUAUUUAUAGAUCAUAAUAAAUACCAGAUAUACAAACAUAGAAACUACUGUGUAAGAGCAAUUAAAUGCAAAACAAAAAUAAAACAAACAUUCAACAAACACAAAACAACAAUAAACGUAUUUAACUACAACAA